GAAAUUCUUUCCAUCCAUUAUAUUCAUUACCUUUCUUAUUUUCGCAAAUUAAUUUCUUCCAAAAAUGUUUAUGUUUAAAACAAUGUCAGUAAUAUCUAUCUUCAUUUUUGUUAUUAUUACCUACAAAAGUUUAUCUUUUCUAUGUUAUAUUAUAAAAGUAAUUUAAUCUUAAAAUGCAACAAACUGAAGAAGUUUGAACAAUUUGGAAGAAUCGGUUUAAUAAUGGCUAUCUCUUUCUAUGUAGUACUACUUUUAAAAAUCCUGGCCCAAACUUGGCAAAUUCGCGAUAAAACGAUGCAUGGAAUUCGAUCACCCAGUCGCAACUUUUGUUGCGCAAAUGAAGAACGAACUCGCGGAAUUAAAUGCGUGAGAAAUAUCAUCCAAGAUCUGGAACGUUAUGGGUCAGCUGGUUUACUACAUAUCACCAUCCUAAGUGACAUAAUUGGGAAACCAAUCAAAAUAUGGAACUACGAUGGUAGUUUAAACAGAAUUGUCGGGAAAGAAAAGAAAGGACGCCCCAUAGAUGUCGAAUAUCACCCAAUAGACUCAAAACACACGCAGAUAGGUCACUGGACUUUGAGACACGGCAAGGAUCCUGACGACACCAUCGUUGAUUUAAACAGCUGUCUCUUCUCCGUAAUUGGUUCUCAGACCGGACAGGAUCCAUCAAAACUGCGUGAACAAUUAGUACUAAAAUUGAAGCGCAAUCUUCAGGAAUUGGCUUGUCAGGUGGACGAGAUCAUCCGGUUGAAAGGAAAUGAUGGAAUAACAUUAAUGAUUGGCGGGGCCCGUUACAAUGGAAACUCGCCCAGAGAUGCCGCGAUAAUUCUCGAUAAUUCACAAAAUGUAUUGUGUGAAAAUUGUAGAUAUCUAGGACAUCCUAGAGGUCACGCUUCACACCCUCAUGCGACUGGAAAUCUUGAUAGUGUCGAAAAUUACGCAAGAUCAACUGGAAAACGAAGAACUGGUUUCUUGUCUCGAAAUGAUCAAAAUCUAGUUGCCCAUUUGGCCUUGAGUACUCAACAAGCGCAAAAUGCUAUGGAGAAGCUUAAUACACCUGAGGAGUCGGUAUCAGAGGAGAUAUCAACCGAAAUUCUGAAAGCAGCAGUCAAACCAUAUCGUGCUGCUUUACCGAAAGCAAAACUAUAUGACUGCGAUGGGAUUUCGAGACAAGAGAAAAAAGAUUUCUUAACAGUAAUAUUAGUGAUGAGACAUCAUCAAAAUAAAAUGUGCAUGCCAGAUGCAGACGUUUUUGUAGUCACGUUUUAUCCCUUUUUGGGGAAAUAUCUCUUUUACGGAAAAAUUGAGCAAUAAAACGCGUGUAAAACAAAAAAAUAAA